AUGGAGAGCUCCAAUGGCUCUGCAGUUAGCGACACCAGACCGAACCAGCCGGAGAAAAAGAGACCGAACCGGGUGCCCUCCCCGGCAAGACCUCUUCUGAAGGACGUGCACGCCCGUGCCGCGAAACCGCCGCUCAUAGGACCCAAAUCGCCCAAACUCGGCAAGCAGCAGGCUCCCAUCCGGGGCUCCAGGCGCAAUCUCACCGCCGUGAAAGAGAAACCCGCCGCGGCCGCCAGGAGUAGCGCCAAGGCCGGGUUGACCAAAAAGCCCGGUAGGCUACCCGGAGCCGAACUCAAAGGAGCCGGCAGUCCGAUCCUCGCCAAGGCUAGGAAGACAAAAGUCGUCUCGGCGAGUGCCGGACAUCCCGGUCAUGGCUCCCCGCUCCGUGUACCGACAGGUCUGGUGGGUCAGACCGACAGCAGUUCGGACCUGUCGGACUGCCCGUCCGAGUUGGCGCCGGUGGCCAGCAGCGACGCCGAAUCUGCCACGGGCUCGAGCGACAGGGACCACCCGGGGGCAGAGCGUCCGCUCAGGGCAGAAACACCUGCAACUCCGGUGGUUCAUCCCCUCCCCAAGGCUUCUCUGUCUCUGGUCCGGUCUGGUCCAAAGAAACCCAAAGGAACCGAGGAUGAACUACUAAGGGAAAUUGAGGAUUUGCGAUCUGAGAACGAUUAUUUGAAGGAUGAGGCGGAAGAACUGCGGGCGGAGAUGGAAGAGCUUCGUGACACCUACAUGGACGAAGAGGUGUACCAAUUGCAGGAGCUGCGGCGUGAACUCGAGCGCUCCAAUAAGAACUGCCGCAUCCUUCAAUACCGCCUUAGGAAGGCCGAGCAGAAAGGCCUGCGCGCCGCCCAGACGGGACACGUGGACGGGGAGCUGCUGCGCGCCCUCGAGCAGGACCUUAAGGUGGCCAAAGACGUAUCGGUGCGCUUGCACAACGAGCUGGAGAGCGUGGAGGACAAGCGCAGCCGGGCCGAGGACGAGAACGAGCAGCUGCGCCAGAGGAUCAUCGAGGUGGAGAUCUCCAAGCAGGCCCUGCACAAUGAGCUGGAGCGUGCCAAAGAGACUGCACUGAGGCGACGAGGUGGCUCAUUUAAGGACAAGAAAUCCACCAACCAGGAGGACUGUGCUGACCUCAGAUGCCAACUCCAGUUUGCCAAGGAGGAGUCAGGUCUUAUGCGAAAAAAAAUGGCCAAACUCGGGCGAGAGAAAGACGAACUGGAGCAGGAGCUGCAGAAGUACAAGUCGGUUUACGGGGAUGUGGACAGUCCCCUUCCCCUGGCCGAGUGCUCUGGUGGAGGCCCUCAUUCAACCCGGGAAGCAGAACUACGGCUGCGCCUCAAGCUAGUGGAGGAGGAAGCUAACAUCUUGGGAAGGAAGAUUGUGGAGUUGGAGGUGGAGAACCGCAGCCUGCGGGCCGAAAACGACGACAUCCGCUGCCAGUACGAGCGAGAUUGCUUCGGCCGGGAGCCAUUCUCCAGUAUGCCGUCGUCACCUUAUGGCGGCGACGUGCUAGAGUCCGCCGGCGAGCUCCGCCGGCAUCUCCAGUUUGUGGAGGAGGAAGCAGAGUUGCUGCGUCGCUCCAUCUCGGAGAUCGAGGACCACAACAGGCAGCUAACCUCAGAACUCAACCGCUUUAAGUUUGGCUGCGGGCCGGUAGGUGAAGAUGGUGGUGAUGGAGGAUUUAAACCUGCUAAUGGCUCCAAUGGCGGGAUGAUGAUGGAAGAGCUGAAAUCCGCAAGAAUGCAGAUCAACGAGCUGAGCGGAAAAGUCAUGAAGCUUCAGUACGAGAACCGAGUUCUCCUGUCUAAUGUCCAGCGUUGCGACCUAGCAGCGCACCUAGGUUUGAGAACAGGUAGCCCACGAGACAGUGAUGCAGACAGCGAUGCAGGUCGGCGGGAAGCGGCUGAAGACGAUGAGGCAGGGCGACUCCUUCUUCUCCAACCCAAGAGGGAGGGCCCCAUUGGUGGGGAGAGCGACUCGGAAGACCUGUUUGAAAAAACCACCACCACCUCUGGAUUCGGAAGCAUCAGACCCUCAGAUGGCAUCGAACUUAGUGCGGCAGAACUCGCCAACCGCCGCAGAGAGGAACGGGAAUCCUUUGCCAAUGUAAAGAGAGAGGCUGAUAGACUCGGCAAGUCUGUGGACCGUCUGAUCAAUGACACGGACAAUCUGAUACUGGAGGGAAGGCUUCUGGUGACAACACCUGAGGGUCCGCAAGGAGGAGGGGACCCUCAAGUAUUGGACACAAUCAAUACCCGAAUGAAAGCUUUCCGCACUGAGCUGCAUGUCUUCGUUGAAAAGCUAGAACACGUCAGCGAUGGACUCAGGGACAGGACUGAUGAUCUAUCCCCGAUGCCCAACCUCACCGAGUCCAGCAGCUUCCUGUCCACGGUCACCUCGAUGUCCCGGGAUUCUCCCAUCGGCACCUUCGGAAGAGAUCUGAUGACGGACUUCCAGUCCGGUCAGCGGGAUGAGCUGGAGUGGCGUGUAGGACAGGAGCGAAGCGUGGAGACCCACAACCAGAGCAGGGGAGGUGCGGCGGGACUCGCUAGGUACCACAGACCCCUGGUUUUAAGAGCAGAGCCACGGGAGAUUCCCACUCUCGACGCCCAGCUUCGUCCGGAUCACGAACGAUUGAUGAGAGUCACGACAGAAGAGCGGGAUGCGCCGGUCGUCUCAUUGCCUCAGGACGAGCGCAUGCAUCCGGAGCCCCAGCGCCCACGUCUGGAGCUACCGGGCCUCCUCCAGGCUCCGGAAGCUUCCUGGGCUCAGGAGCGAGCUGUCCUGCAGCAAGAGGUCCGCCUCUUCCGCCGCAAUACAGCUAUCUUCUAUGUGAAGCUCAAGUCCAUCCUGGCACGUUGGAGGCUCGGAGGCAAGGACGGCACUUUACCCGACGACGGCACACAACCAGAAGUUGAGAAGUCGGAGAGUGCCCCCGAGCUGGGUGGGAUGAUGCAACCGGCGGAGGGUGACGGUGUAUCGGCUCCGGUGUCUCCCAAUGGACAGUACCAGCAUCAGUUUGGGGAGAACCGGCGAAUGCUGCAGGCACUGCGCACCCUGCUCGAGCAGUUUCGGGAAGAGCUCCGCGAGGAAGAGUCACGACGCUGCCAACUGCAGCAGGCCUACGCCAACGACAAAGCCGCAUGGGAGGUGAAAUGGGCCGAGAUGAAGUGCCAACUCGCACAGGUGGAGGAGGAAGCGCGAGGGAGAACGCGUGGCCAGGCUCAGGGAGGCGAAGGAGAAGCGUCGUCCCGGGACCCCGAGUGGGCACUGAAGCAGGAGCGCGAGGAGCACCGGCGCCUGCUGGCCGAAAGCCACAACACCUCGCUGGAUCUCCGCUGGCGGCUGCAGCACGGCGAGAAGCGGUGGAGCCGUGAGAGGGCCGAGCUGCUGGAAAACUUUGAGCGGCAGAGGCAAGAGUGGGACGGCGGAAACCGCGAACUCUACCAUAAGAUGGAGAGGCUGCAGAGGGAGCUGAAUUGCCGACGAGGCGAGGGCACUGAGGACGGCGGCUCCUGCUCUGGCACCCGCUCCCCUCGUUCCCCGCGAUCCCCACGCUCCCCGCGGUCCCCCGCCCCCAUCCUGGUGCCACCUGUCCGCUCCCUCUCCGACUCGGAUGCUGGACAAGUAGGCACUACCUCCGGGAGGCUGAGAAGCCCAACAGAGAGCCCCUUUCUGGAUGCACUGUCUCUGGAUCCCCUGGCCAGCCUUGAGGUCCCCCCGCCCUGCAGGCUUGAGGGUGAGAAGAGGUUUCCCUGCAUGAAGGAGGCCCUCAAUGUGAUUUCCGAGAGAGAAGCUACGGAUUUGUACCCCGACGAAGAGAUGGGUGGCGGCAGUUUGCUUAGAGCCAAGUCUGUUUGCUCCAUGAGCGACUUCCAACGCCUGAUGGACAGCUCGCCGUUCCUCCCUGACAAGACGCGCCCCGGUGAGCAAGGCCAAGACGACGUCACCCCACCCCUUUCACCAGAUGACCUCAAGUACAUUGAGGAGUUCAACAACAAGGGUUGGGAUUUCCCGUCAUCUGCCGCCGUCCCUACAGAGCCGCGGGGAGCGGAAGCGGACUCCUUCCAAACACCCUCCUGGUUCCUCACCACCAGCGCUAGCCUGACAACCACCAGCACACUUAACAGUCGGGCAGGUGUGGGAGCAGACGCCUAUGGGGUCCACAUCCUCCACAGCCCCACCAGGCCCGGGCCAGAGUCUGAAUCUGACCUGCUUUACACAAAAGGGAGCAAGGCGAGAGGAGACGGGGAGGCGGCCAGCGGGUCAGAUGAGGUGUUCGGCAGCGCGAGGUGGCCUUGUGGCCUUCUGGAAACUGGGGGGUUAAGGACUUCUCCGAACCAGUCCCCCAUUUGCCCCACAGUGGGCUACGCUUCCUCGCUAGAGCUCCAGCUUUCUCGGAACAUGAGCGACGAUAUGAAAGAAGUGGCCAUUUCGGUAAGGAACGCCAUCCGCUCCCCGCCGGGGCCCAUUGUCCGGGACUCGGCCUGCCAGACCAACGGGUUCACUACGAGGGGCACUCAGACCACGCAGACCAUCAGCGUGGGUUUACAAACCGACCUGCUGAGGACACUAACCAGCAGCCCCCACCGCUGCCUUACCCCAAAAGGUAGCGGCACCCCCAUCUCGUCCCCAUCACGGAAUACCCGGAAGGUGCAGUACUCGCCCGUCAUCCAGAGUAAGUUUGAGCGACCUUGCUGCUCACCUAAGUACGGCUCACCCAAAGUUCAACGCAAGAUGUCUUCGGCCAACAAGGCGGACAUACCCAACACCAGCCGGGCCGCCACCCCUACCACCCCGCAAAAGGGCAACAACGAGUCUGCAUGGGCCCGCUCCACAACCACGCGGGACAGCCCAGUUCACACGACCAUCAACGACGGCCUCUCCAGCCUCUUCAACAUCAUCGACCACACGCCUGUUGUUUACGACGCCGGCCAAAAGUUUAACAAGUCCCCGAGCCGGUCUCGCCCCACAAAUGCCGCCGAGUCCGGCCCUGACCCCAGGAGUGCCAGGGGCCGCUCCCCCAGCCCUGUGCAGUUGAUCGUGGAGACGCAAGGGGACCGGAACGCUGAAGUAGUCAGCAUUCGGCAGGACCUGUCCGCACCGCCGGGAUACACUCUGGCCGAGAACGCCGCCCGCAUCCUUAACAAGAAACUGCAGGACGAAAGGAGGAUGCAAACGGGAGGACUGGGAAGCAAGGUGGUUGACCCGGAAAGAGCGCAGCCUGGAUGCAUGGAGGACCUCCCCCACUCUCUGGUGGUUCCGCCCUUGGAGUGGCACUACCUGCGCCGAGCCCGCCCCCCCAACCGCCGCCCACCCUCGCGCUGGGCCAACCUCUCGCCGCCCCCCUCCUCUCACGCGGCGUCCGGAAGGAGGUUCACCUUCCCACCUCCGGGGCGGUGCAGAAGCAUCCCGGCUGGCGACGCGCCAACUUAA